GGGGGGGGGGGGCGAGGCGGCGGCGGUGUGCAUCCCCUCGGCGAACCUCCCGCGUCGGGGGCGGGCUCGCAUCCUACAUUGAGUUUGACGGUCUCCCGCGCUCUCUGCUCCCCCAGCCCUCCUACCGCAACUACGGGCCAGCUCUGUCUGUUUCUUGCGGUAAAUUAUUGAGCGGGUUGCUUAAUCUCUCUCUGCCUCAGUUUCCUGCAGUUAGUUCCUUCCCAAUGAUGUUCUUUUGAGGAUUAAGUGAGACUAUAUUUUAAAAGCUUAAAAACAGUGCCUAGUGCAUGGUAAAAUGUUGGAUGUUACCAUAAAUUCAAUGAUGAUACUCAGGCGCCCUGUUGUUGGGAAGCUCCUGCGAGCCCGGGAUGGGGUCGGAGCUCCAGCUGCAGACCCAUUGUCCCUUCCCUGAUCACUGACGUGGGUUUGUUCUUGGAUUCCCGGAUUCUUUCUGGACGCUUGUUUAGGAAGGAGAGUUAUCUUCAGCUGGAUCCUGGGAAAAGUCCUCCGUGGUUUAUCCCAGACAGAAAUGAUCGUGGUCACGGCUUUGCACAGCGCCUGCGAUGUAGUCAGGCUUAAGUUAAAAAUGUUCAGUAUUGUAUAACAACCCCGUAUUGUUAAUUGAAAUGCAACACGAUUUCUUAGUCUUAGGUUUUUAUUAAUCAUUGUUUACCUUCAUGCAUAUGCGAGAAGAAACUUCGUUCUUUCAGCUUAAUAACACGUGCAAGUAGUUACACCUAUUAAGGGAAAAAAAAUCCGUGGCAAUUUAACGUUCAUUAACAGCAGCACAAAUCAUCUGUGAGCCCACCAGUUAGAAUUAGGCUUUUUUUUGGAGAGUAAGGGUAAGUAAAGGGACAGUCAUCAUCUCUGAAUUCUGUGUUUCCUAAGAUUCAUCUUCUGUAAAGCAGAUUCGCAAAGGCAGUUUUAUGAAUCUUAAGAGCACCUGCUUGUCUGAAGCUGCAGGAGGGAAUUCUGGCAUUAUUAUACCCAUUUACAGCUAGACUGGAUUGAGGCACAGAGAGAUUAAUAACUUGCUCAAGGUUUAUGCGACUAGUAAGUAGAACGUGAUAAGUAGAAACACCAGAAUUUGAACCCAGGCAUUUUGGCCCUGAUGUCAAAAGCUCAGCUUCUCUGUACACGGGUGUGGAAUUGAAUCUUGGAGACAGAGUUUUGGGUGAAGUAGAAAAGAAUAGCUUUAUUACUUUGCCAGGCAAAGGGGGACACGGUGGGCUCCUGCCUCGAAAAACUGUGUCCCCACUUGGAGAGGAUAGUGGGAAGUUUUAUAGUAAUUGUUCAAGAAGGGCGUGAUCAGCUCGUGGACAUUCUCCUGAUGGGUUGGUGGUGAGUUUUGCCUUCCCAGAACUCGGCCUUUCCCCAGCAGGAAGAGGAAAAAAAUGACCAAAUUCCAGGAGGCGGUGACCUUCAAGGACGUGGCCGUGACCUUCACUGAGGAGGAGCUGGGGCUGCUGGACUCCGCCCAGAGGAAGCUGUACCGAGAGGUGAUGCUGGAGAACUUCCGGAACCUGCUCUCAGUGGGGCACCAGUCCUCCAAGCCAGAUAUGAUAUCCCAGUUGGAGAGAGAGGAAAAGCUUUGGAUGAUGGAGGUCCAGACCCAGAGAGGUGGGCAUUCAGGAGCCAGGAAUCACAAUGAGACGGAGACUCUUCAUGAAACAGGAGUAAGAUUCCUUUCAUUGGGAGAGCUUUCGUGCUGGCACAUCAAGAGACACAUUGUGAGCAAAUUAACCAAAAGACAGGACUCUGUGAUAAAUAUUCACGGAAAGAAUUCUCAGUCCGCCAAACAACAUAAUUCCCCUGCAGGAGUGUCCAUUCAGGCUUCUGUGGAAGACAGCUGUUUAAUGACACUUCUAGAGGAUCAUUCUAAUGUUAUUGAAAAUCAAGAAUUUUCAACUGGGAGAGCUCAGAAUUCCUGGAAUAAACUCUAUCUGAAUGGGACUCAGAAUUAUCAGAGAAGUUGUAAGCUGACUCCAGUGAAAAACAAGAUCUGUAUGUUUGUUCCAUGUGCUGAUAUUUUCAGUUGUAUCUCCCCACACCUUGAUGAUGACACGGUGCACAAAAGAGAGAAAGCUCACGGCAACAGAGAGUGUGGUAAAGAUCUCUUAAAGGCAUCACCUCUGGCCCCGUGCAGUAUCAUUCAAACUGGACCGAAAACCUACCAGUGUAACGAACGUGAGAAAGGAUUCAGUGACCACACCAGCCUUGAACUUCAUCAGCAGGUACACUUGGGCAGGAAGUCCCCUACAUACAGGACACAUGAGAAGGACAGCGGUUAUAGCUCUGCUAGUCCCAUUCAACAGGGUGUCCUCCCAGGGAAGAAACGCUAUUGGUGUCACGAGUGCGGGAAGGGCUUCAGUCAGAGCUCAAACCUGCAAACUCACCAGAGAGUCCACACGGGGGAGAAGCCCUAUUCAUGCCAUGAGUGUGGGAAGAGCUUUAAUCAGACCUCACACCUGUACGCCCACCUGCCCAUUCACACUGGAGAGAAGCCCUACAGAUGUGAGAGCUGCGGGAAGGGCUUCAGUCGUAGCACAGACCUCAACAUCCACUGCAGAGUCCACACGGGAGAGAAACCGUAUAAGUGUGAGGUGUGCGGGAAGGGCUUCACCCAGAGGUCCCACCUUCAGGCCCACGAAAGAAUCCACACUGGAGAAAAACCAUACAAGUGUGCAGAUUGUGGGAAACGCUUCAGCUGUAGCUCAAAUCUUCACACGCACCAGCGCGUCCACACUGAGGAGAAACCCUACAGAUGUGAGGAGUGCGGCAAGUGCUUCAGCCUGAGCUUCAACCUUCACAGUCACCAGCGCGUCCACACGGGAGAGAAACCCUACAAAUGUGAAGAGUGUGGGAAGGGUUUUAGUUCGGCCUCAAGCUUCCAGAGCCACCAGAGGGUUCACACAGGAGAGAAGCCAUUUCGAUGCAGUGUGUGUGGGAAGGGCUUCAGCCAGAGUUCCUAUUUCCAAGCCCAUCAGAGAGUCCACACUGGAGAAAAACCCUACAAGUGUGAGGUGUGUGGGAAGCGCUUCAAUUGGAGCCUGAAUCUUCACAACCAUCAGAGGGUCCACACAGGAGAGAAACCCUAUAAAUGCGAGGAGUGCGGGAAGGGCUUCAGUCAGGCCUCGAAUCUUCAAGCUCAUCAGAGCGUCCACACGGGGGAAAAGCCCUUCAAAUGUGAUGCGUGUCAAAAGCGAUUCAGUCAGGCCUCCCAUCUUCAAGCCCAUCAGAGAGUCCACACGGGAGAGAAACCAUAUAAAUGUGAUACGUGUGGUAAGGCCUUCAGCCAGAGGUCGAAUCUCCAAGUCCAUCAGAUAAUUCACACUGGAGAGAAACCAUUCAAAUGCGAGGAGUGUGGGAAAGAAUUCAGCUGGAGUGCCGGGCUCAGUGCUCAUCAGAGGGUCCACACAGGAGAGAAACCCUAUACGUGUCAGCAGUGCGGCAAGGGCUUCAGCCAGGCCUCGCAUUUCCACACCCAUCAGAGGGUCCACACUGGAGAGAGACCUUACAUAUGUGAUAUAUGUUGCAAGGGCUUCAGCCAGAGGUCACAUCUUGUUUACCAUCAGAGGGUCCACACUGGAGGGAACCUGUAGAACCGGAAGGUGAGGAAUGGCCUCCAGAUAAUCCACGUCUUCAUCUCUAUUGGAAAGUCUGUGCUGGUAGUUGUGGGAAGUUCCUGCAGAACUUGGAAACAUCAAGGAAUCUUCAUGGGAAAGAAGUUCUAUAAAAUGCUGUGUUUUUAAAGAUCCAGUUGGGAGGUGAACUCUUUACUAACAUCAGAGGUUUCAAAGAGGAGAGAAAAUGUAUUCUAUAAAUAUGGUCAGUGGUUAUACCAGAGCUCUGAAUGCCCUGAUUCUCAGGAUGUGACACAAGAGAAGAAUCAUUGGCAUCUAUUCAGGAGAGAAGGCUUAUACAUGAAGGUUAUGGGCAGGGCUUGAACAAAAGUAUAAUGAUGGACAAACAAUUGAUGUCAACUGCAGUGUACCCUCCACGUACGGAGGGCUGUUUUUCACCAUUCUGUCUCUACCGUGUAGAACUGUGCUUGGCUCCUAAUAGGUGCCUGGCAAUUACUGAACCAAGGGCAGAAAAAUCCCUCUAAUUAGGACAAAUAUUUGAAAUUUCUGGUAGGCUUCCUAUCCUAAAUUCAUAACAUACUCAAGAGGAAUCCUGCAAGUCGCCUUAAUGAGAUUGUACUUCAGUUAAUAUUUCCUAAAAUCAGAAUCAUGUAAUAUCGCCACCCACAAUAGUACAGAUUUGGACAAGGCUUAUAAAUGGCUGCCACCCUCCAUCCAGUUCGUUAUAUGUACAGAAUCACCCAUUGUGUGCAGUGUAAUAUUUAGCAUCAUUAGUUUGUAUUUUAUAGACUGAAAGACUUUUUUAUUAAUCUAAUAACAUACUGCAACUUAUAUGAUUGGAAAUUUUGAACCCUAAUUAAUUCCUUAAGGUAG